AUGGCCAGCAUGCUGAGAGUUUUUCUGAUCCUCCUUUGGGCAACGAACUUGGUUCAGCGAAACGCACCUCGGGCUGCAGGAGUUCAGGUUUUUCCACCUGUUAACUUUACCCUUACAGUCUCUGCAUUAGCACAAGUACUUUUACACUGGAAACCAAACCCUAAUCAAGAACAAAAAAACUACACUAUCAGAUACGAUGUGAAAAUCCUAAGCCCUGUGCCUGAAGAGUAUGAUACAAAGACGACUCGCAGUAUCCGAACAGCUGCACUUCACAAUGGUUUCUCCGCACACAUUCGGACGUUACUUCUCCAUAAUGACCUUCAGAUGACAAGUGACUGGGUGAAGGAAAAAAUCCUGCCUCCACCAGGUGCUCCAGAGACAUCUGUCACUAAUUUGUCCUGUGUUACUCGCAUCACCAUUUCUCAUACUGUUUCUCUCCAUUGCACUUGGCUUCCUGGCCAAGGGGCACCAGAAGAUACCAAGUACUUUCUAUUUUACAGGUAUGAGAUGUACACUGAAGAAUGUCAAGAUUAUAUCAAAGACAAGUGGAACAGGAAUACUGAGUGCAGAUUUUCAGUGACUCAUAUUGAUCCUGAAGAGAUUGACAGUCUCAUUGUAAUACACAUUAAUGGGUCUAGCAAGUAUGCUGCAAUCAAACCUUUUCAGCAGUUAUUUAACCAAAAUACCAUUGAGAAAGUGAAUGUUCCCAGAAAUGUCACUGUACUCUUAGAGCAAAAUGAUCUCCUGGCCACAUGGGAGAAGCCAAUUUCUCCUUUCGGUAAAGAGUGUUUUGAAUACGAAUUUUACCUCUUCAACUUGAAGUCAGGUAACAAGCAGAUACUGCAAAUAUUCUCAAAUGACUUCAGAUUACGGAUUGAUGUUACCAGCAGGUAUUCCAUACAAAUAAGAGCUAAUCAUCACAUAUGUUGUAGAAGAGGAUUUUGGAGUGACUGGAGUGAAAUUAUUUAUGUUGGGCAAAACAAACUGGAGAAUCCCGCAACCUGGAUUCUUGCCAUGCUUUGCGUGUUCAUAAACCACGUAUGGAGUAAACUGUUCCCACCAAUUCCAACGCCCAGAAACAAAUUCAGAGAUCCCUUCCCAAAUGACUACGAGAGAGCACGGACCUGCACCAGUGAGACGGAGACCGAGUUCGGCAGCUUCGCUGAAGAUCCCUACUGCAGCCCCCUCGACGACUCUGUCUUCUGA